CACCGUCGUCAGUUUGAAUAAACUGUAUUGCUAGCUGUGUUUCGUAACAUGUCAAACAUGGGGGCACGGGUUGCGCGUAUGUUCCGAAAUUUCAACCUGGAGAACCGUGUUCACCGAGAAAUCUCCAAGGAGAAGCCGCGAGCAGCACCCCGCCACCAGGCCGACCUGUCGCGCUCCUCCGGCGGCUCUGAAUCCGCGGAGACAGCGGAGUUGGUGAGCCAGAAGAACGCCCCGCUGCUGGGCCUCCUGCGCUCCGUGUAUGUGGAGUCCAAGGACCCGGCAGCAGCAGAGGCAUCACAAGAGGUGAGCAUGGAGACAGAAGGUGCGCGGCGGCCGCUCAGGUUCAGUGUGCCGGGGGGGCACUACGGCCUGGUGGAACUAACAGACGUUCCUAGAGGCAAGCUGACCAUCGCUGAGACCCUGAAGGCCCUGGGCAGCCACCAGAGGCAGCCUCAGACCUGGACCCCGGGAAAGAUUGCUCAGGAAUAUUCUCUGGACCUGAAGGACACAAAGGCUCUCCUGGAGUUCUUCAUCCCCUUCCAGGUUCACAUCAUACCCCCCAAGACUCAGAGUGCCAAGCAAAUAAAGGCUUCCUAAAACUGGAUUGUAGGUGAAAGGAAGCUCAUCUAAAUCCCAGAGACUUCAGAGCAUCUAACCCCCCCCCCCCCCCCCCCCCCCCCCCCCGUUAGGAGAGACGUCAUCCUGUGCAAGACUGAACCUCAAUGCUGUCCCUAACAUGAUACUCCUGCUGCACAGUUCAGAGGCCAUGUGAGAGCUCAUACAUCCUGAGAUUAGCUUCUCUUCAGCUGUGCACAGAAAGUAUUGCAUUUGUUCUUUGUUCCCAGCAGACAUUUGGACCGUCAGAGCAGGAAAAGCAUGGGUGUUACGGACAACAUUUAAAAGGGCUGUUGUGUAUUAGCGUGUUCCAGUAAGCUGUGACUGGUGCUUCUGAAGGGAAACCGGCCCUCACUGAUCUUAGCAUUUACUCCUGUGCUCUUCUGUCAACUGUCCAAAUGUCCUCUGGGGAAAGGCUGGAUUUCAAAUGUUCUGCCCUGCUCAUCACAUCAUGAUCAUCAGAUUGAAUAAAACAUGUUUGGGUUUCAGUCAAAUAAAAGCAUAUAUAAUGUCUAUUCAAAGAAAACUUUAUUUGAGUGGGAUAAUAAAUGAAUAAUUGCAAUAUUAACCGUUGUAAGAAACAUAUUAUGUCUAAGAGAAAUGUUAAUGUUGGCAACACAGAUUGCAUAUUCCUUAAAUAUGAUUUAAAUUAAAACCACUGUUUUUGUAAAGUUCUGAAUAUUCGAAGUUAUGUCACUAUCCUACGGAUAUGUUAUUCUGUUAAGAUGCUGGGAUUCUGCAAAUGUUAAAACCGUGAAAAUGUGUUUUUUGUAAUGAAUACAUGCAGUGUUAAAUCAUAAGGCCUACUUUUGAAUCAUCAAGUCUGUUGUGGACCUGUCGAGAUGCAAUCCGGUUCAAAAGGACGAGCCCUGUCAUUUACUUUCAAUAAACCCUCGGUCAAGUGUCACCGGCCUCUCAGGAGCACAUUGGGUCCUCCCCUAAGGUUUGGAUCUCUAUGAAACACGAGUCAUGUGAUGAGUCCGAACUAAGAUGUGUUGCAGACUCCGAGGCCUAGUGGAGUGGUACAUUGGAUACACAAGCACUAUAACCACUGCAGCUUGAACACAUGUACAAUGAUGUUUUCUCGAUAUAUUUUUGAAUUCCAAUUUUUCAAAUGGGUCUUUAAUUCACUGUGAAACAAAUCGACUACCCUAAUUGACCAUUCGGGACAAAAAUGUCCACUGUCAAAAAACUUUUAUAAAAACAUAUUAAAAUAUA